UUGAAAACAGAAUUUAUGGAUUUAGAUACCAGCACCACCUUGGCGUGGCAACCAUUGCCCCCAUCUCUUUCUCUGCUCUCCCUGACUUACUAUUUAAUCGCAUAACACUGCAACCAAUUCGAAACCAUUUUCCAUAUAUCAGAGCAAAUCUCAAAUACCAAAAGCAAAGAUCAAAAUCAAAAUCAAGCUCAAAUUCAUAAAGAUGUCUUCUUUGUCCACGUCUUGCUUCACUUGUUCUGUACUUCGAAUCCCUUCUCUUCUUUCUCCUCAGAAUCUCAAUCAGAGGUCUUUGUUAUCACUAACUGGGAACCCAGAUCGAAUUCGUGGCAAUCGGAUUGCAUGCAAGAGCUUAAACUUCUGUUCGAAGGCUAGUCUGAGAGGGAAUUUGGAGGCCACCGGAGUUCCGACGUCGGUGCCGGUGCGUGUGGCUCACGAGCUUCUUCUAGCCGGACACAAGUAUUUGGAUGUCAGGACUCCUGAAGAGUUUAGUGCAGGACAUCCUUCUGGUGCAGUUAACAUUCCUUACUUGUACAAAGUUGGAUCAGGGAUGUCAAAGAACCCAGAGUUUGUGAAGGAAGUGUCAUCACAUUUCAGAAAACAUGAUGAAAUUAUUGUUGGAUGCCAGCUCGGCAAAAGAUCAAUGAUGGCUGCAACUGAUCUUGUAGCCGCUGGUUUCUCUGGGAUUACAGACAUAGCUGGUGGGUAUGCUGCUUGGACUCAAAAUAGACUUCCAACAGAGUUGUGAAAGGGAAAGCUCGAGGCUGUUGAAUCCUCACCUGGGAAACUUAAGGCCAAGAGAAACAAAUCACAAAUAAAGUGGCAAUAGAGCCUUGGACAAGAAGCAUGCAUCCAGAACAAAAUGAAGAAGAAACAUACAAGGGUAAUGCCUAUUACUCUAAUGCAAUAUCUGUAAUUGCGUAGCUAGCUUAGUUAAAGAAGUUGGAGAAUUGCAUCAAAUUUGCAUGUAUAUAUGUACUUUAUGCGUGGAGUUCACAACUACUAACUGAAACCAGUUGUAUUGAAUUAAUAAAUUCAGUUGAGUAAGAUUGGCAUCUCA